AAAGAGAAGGAACUAGACAUUUAAGAAAGUUAGCUGCAAGGCCAAGAAAUGUAUGAGAUCGCCGACUGGCGCGGCAAGUAGUUUAACGUAAUUUAACAGAACCAACCCAGUCUUUGUGUUCACACUUGAAUAUUUUUAGCUAUACACGUUUUCCACAUUUGCUGAAUUUGACUAUUGGUUUUCACCACAGUCUUUCAUUUUGCUGGGUAACAUUUUACACAAAGAUACUGACCGCAUUAUCUCUUGGUGAAGGGCAGGUGCCAUUAAAGAAGAAUAAAGAAGCGUAAGGAACGUGUGUAAAUCUACAGCCUCUCAUCUCUUCUAAAUAAAAAAUUAAAAAAUACGAAAAGUGAUUAGCUGCUGCAACGUUCUUUCCGUGCAGUAUGCAUUGCUGAAACCUGCACGCGAGCCGUUUCUCUUUCGGCUGUGAAAAACUUAUUUUGAAACGGCUCUGUUACGAACCUCAAAACACAUGUCACCGAUGCGAGAGAUUUUGCGCGAUUCCAGCGGCGAUUCUGGCUCGGAGUCCGAUAACGCCUCCGCGUCCUCGAGGGGCUCGAGCCGCAGCGGUAGCCGAGCGUCGCAGGCGCCGGUGCAAACGAGCAAUGCCAGGAGCGAGCACUCCGAGGACGAGAACGGAGCGCCGGCCUCGCCCGCGUCGAACGCCAGCGGCAGCCGCGCCUCGAGGGGCUCGAGGUCCACCAGCCAGAGUCCGGUCGGGUCGAACAAGCUGGACGGCAGUCGCAGAUCGGAGAGCCCGUCGUCACCGGCCGGAUCUGGCUCGAGGCGUUCGAGCGUCGGUUCCGUUCAGAGCGAGAAGAGUGGGAAAUCCGCGUCUCCGCGGUCCAGGAGCGGCACGCCGAAGUCGGCGGCCUCUCGCAGCUCGGCGGACUCGCCCAAGUCCCCUCGAUCGCGCUCGCCGUCCCCGCGCGGCAGCGUACGCUCCGCGAGUCCGAAGUCACCCGUCAGUUCGAGAUCCGCGCGCUCGAGAUCGGUGGAGAGGAAGUCCAAGACCCCGGCCUCCCCCGCGUCCAACGCCUCCGGUUAUUCCCCGAAGAGUCGUAGGUCUCGAAGCGUAUCUUCCCAAAGGAGCAACAAGUCAGCGGGUUCAGCGAGCCCGACGGAAAGGCGGUCGAAUUCUUCCGCUUCUUCGAGGAAGUUCGACGAAUCGACGAAGAGAGCGGCUUCUGAAAAGUCUGACAAGAGGUCGGGAUCCAAAAGUCCCAAAAACGAUAAAAGCGAUAAUGAAUCAAACAAAUCCUUCAAACAGGCAGAUCGAAGUCCAAAAUCCGACGAGAGCGACGAAGAAGAACAGAUAAGCAAACGGCAACGCAGCAGCUCCGAUUCAGAUGCAGAAAAACAAGUUGUGAAGCGAAUUAAAAAGAUUAUAAACUCAGAUUCUGAAAAUGAGACAGCCGACAAGGAAAAUAGCGUCGCUCCGACUGCGGACGCGUUAUUCGGCGACGCAAGUGACAUCAGUACGGACGACGAAAAGGAUAAGAAGGAAGGGGAGAAAGAAAAGGAACGGAGUCGCAGUCGGAGCAGGAGUAGAAGCAAAAGUCGUAGCAGAAGUAAAAGCAGAAGCAGAAGCAGGAGCAGAAGCAGGAGUAGGAGUAGGAGUAGAAGUCACAGCCGCGGCAGAUCCGAGAGCGGUGGAGAAGGUCCGAGCCAUCAAACUGUUAUUGAGGACGAGGAGAAUAAAGAUAAGGAAGAAGAGCCGGAGCUACCUCCGGAAACUCGAAUUGACGUAGAAAUCCCGAAAAUUACUACCGAUCUAGGACGCGAGAUUCACUUUGUGAAGUUACCGAAUUUCCUGUCGGUCGAAACGAGGCCGUUCGAUCACGAGACCUACGAGGAUGAGAUCGACGAGGAGGAGACUCUGGACGAGGAGGGCCGCGCUCGACUGAAGCUCAAGGUGGAGAAUACGUUGAGAUGGAAGGACACGUUUAGUGACGACGGCAAAAUGGUGAAGCAGAGUAACGCGAGAUUCGUGAAGUGGUCGGACGGCAGUAUGUCGUUGCAUCUGGGUUCAGAGAUUUUCGACGUGUACAAACAGCCGUUACAGGGCGAUCACAACCACCUCUAUAUUCGCCAGGGUACCGGUCUGCAGGGUCAGGCAGUAUUUCGAACGAAAUUGACAUUCCGGCCACAUUCCACUGAAUCGUUCACGCACAGGAAGAUGACCAUGUCUCUGGCCGACAGGUCGCAAAAGACCUCUGGCAUUAAAGUUCUUUCUCAAGUUGGAAUGAACCCAGACCAGAACAGAUAUGAGAUGAUAAAGAAAGAGGAAGAGAAGCUACGUAUGGCAAUGCGAGUUCAAAACAAAACGAAGAAAAGUACUGGUGGUAUCAGAAAUACUAACCGCACUGCAGGAGCGUACAGUAAUGACGCUUAUCACGAUGAUGGUUCUGAUGACGAGGGUGCAAUUUCAUUAGCAGCCAUAAAAAAUAAAUAUAAGAAAGGAGCCGCAGUGAUUCCUUCUAAAGCAUCAAAUAUUUAUUCUUCGGAUGAGGAUGGCUCAGACAUUGAGACACACAGACCUAAAAAGAAUAUUAAAGGAAAAGUUCUUAAAGAUUCAGAUGAAGAAUCCAAUUCCGAAAGUUCCGCGGUCAGUGGCGGAGACGACAAUCGAGUUGAUGAUGCAAGUGAUUGAAAAUGUACAUAUAAUUCAAAAAUUAGUAAAUCAAUGUUUUUUUAAUAACAAUGUAAUAGUACACCGUUAUAGCAAAUAGCAUUAAAUAUUAUCUACUAAUUUUAUAGAUAAUGUAAUGUCUGAUUCAUGAUGUAAAUAAAAUAAUAAACGCAUAUUCAUAAAUAAUCAAUGCAGCAAUAAAUUGAAAUAAGUUUGUAUUUUUACUGUCAA